ACAUUUUCUACAGGACAUGCAUGUAAUGAAGUUUUUAGGCCCCUUUGAUUUGCGAUUCAAAAAUUUGAUCUUUAAAAAAGAUUUCAAUAGAAAAAACAAAACAAUGGCUGCUUCAACAUUUGUUUUUUCCAUUACUACUCUGAGUUUGUUGGUGUUGGUGUUGGCACUAAUUAACCAUCCUCCUCUCGCAUUUGCUCAGCCCAGAUUCUCGAGGUAUGUAUGCGUGGAAUAUACCAUAAACAAUCACACAACCGACGGCGCUGCCUACAAAGCCAAUCUGAACCACCUCCUCACCACCCUCACCACCGACCAUCAUCGCCUUCCCCUGUUUCUUCUUUGCUUAACAGAACUACCCACCAUGGAAAUAAAAGUAGCCUCUCUCGAACUUUUAUACCUGUGAUUGUGCCAAUGGCUGUUGUAGUUUUACUACUGACGAUCACCAUCUACAUGGGUCAGAGAAAAUAUAGUCCAACGACCCGUGGAGAAGAAUGUAUGCUGAUUAAAUUAGUUUUUCUUUUUUUCAAAUUAAACCAGCCACUGGAAAUGGAUCUCAAGUUCCCAUCCACUAUUAUCCCAUGUUUUGAAGCGACAGGUCAAACCGAGGAAGAAAUGGCGAGAAUGGGGUUUAUGCAGUAUGAUUUCGACACCAUUAGAAUUGGAACAGAUAAAUUUUCAGAUGAAAAUAAAGUUGGGGAAGGUGGGUUUGGAGCUGUUUACAAGGGGAAGCUUCCAAACGGACGAAUCGUAGCAGUGAAACGGCUGUCUCAAGCUUCAAGGCAGGGAGAUGUUGAGUUUAAGAACGAAGUGGUUUUGCUAUCUAAGCUUCGCCAUCGGAAUUUAGUUAAGCUUUUGGGUUUCUCCUUUAAAGAAAAUGAAGAGCUUCUCAUUUAUGAGUUUCUGCAGAAUGCAAGUCUCCAAAAAUUCAUUUUCGAUCCACUCAAGCCAGGAGGUUUAGAUUGGACAACCCGCUACAAAAUAAUAGAAGGCAUUACUCGGGGACUUGUUUAUCUCCACGAAGACUCUCGAAUCAAAAUUGUUCAUCAAAACCUAAAAGCUCAUAACAUUUUAUUAGAUGCAGAGAUGAAUGCUAAAAUCUCAGAUUCAGGUAUUGCAAGAUUAUUUGCAUUGGAACAAACACAAGAUGAUACAUGUACAAUAAUCGGCAAUGUUGGAUGUAUGGCACCCGAAUACAUACGGUAUGGACAUCUUUCAUCAAAAUCAAACGUCUUUAGCUAUGGUGUUCUAGUUUUGGAGAUUGUGACUGGACACAAAGAAAACUAUCAAACUGUUAGCAACAUUGAAAAUACAAAAUAUCCUCUUAUAAGCUAUGCACGGAGAAAUUGGAGGGAGGGACGAACACUAUUGAAUAUUGUAGAUCCUACCAUUGAAAUUCAAAGUGAGACAACUAUGAAUGAAGUGACCAAAUGCAUUCAUAUUGGAUUACUUUGCACUCAAGAAGAUGUCGAUGAAAGACCAAAAAUGACUGAUGUACUUCUCAUGCUUAAAAGUGACUUGGCUGAUUUUCCAAAUCCCUCCCAACCUUCUUUCUUCAUGAGUACUAUAAGCUAAAACAAUUGCUCUUAGCCAACAUGAAAGAUUGUCCAUAUAUAUCAAAGUGUUGGGAACUAAAACAAGUGAGGAGGUAAAUACUUCUUUAGAAGCUUUUUAGUGAAAGAUACAUAAUUUAUAUAUUUUACUUGAUAAUUGUAUA